GUAGUCUCUGAAGCAUAUCAACAUCUUCAACAAGUUUCCUACAUUUUCGUUGCGUUGAAUUGCGAAAGGUGAAUUUCAGUUGAUACUCGAAAUGCGCCAUCUCGUCUUGUUGUUCAGCCUCGUUUUAUCCGUCACCGUGGCAGAUGAUUCGGCUAAAGACAAAUCGCAAAACAGCAGUUACAUAACAAUUCCGCCUAUUACCUUGGCAGAGACAACUUUGGCCACAUCCUUAAACAGCAGCGGAUACGACGAGGAUUAUUACCGUAAAAACAACCGUCCGGCCAAUGCUGUAAAGAAAAGCACAACAGUUAAACCCGUUGUCAGACGACCGGCUACUACGACCCGACGUCCAUCAAGAACAACUAGGCGUCCAGCAGAAACUAAAGAUCCCGUUCACAGUUGGGAUCAAGCCGAUACUUGCGGGGGCAAUAUCCUUGUGCCUUUGUCGGACGAUCAGAAUAAUAAAGUCAUCGAGGAAACUUAUCGGUCGACUAGUUUCCCAAUAGCGAGAACGUAUCCAUUAAUCUGCACUUGGAAUGUCAAGGUGAGCAAGAAUUGCCGUCACGGUCGAAUUGUUUUGAGACUUGACGAACGCAGUCGACUGCCCAAUGACAAGGAAUGCGCCAAUGGAUACAUCCGCGUUUCUCCCUUUAUGAAAGAAGCCAAAAUCUGUGGUCGCAUCGGAGACGUCCCUCCUCUCCAGUGGCACGUCGAGGACCAACAGCCGGAAACUGUGACCAUUUCCAUGCGGAAUAUGGGACUUGAAGAAGACAAAUCCACCGGUCUGUCUUUCACCCUCCAAGGUGAAUGUUUGGCAUACUUAUCAAACGUGACUAUCAACGACACUGGAAUGAAUUCCAGCAACAGUCAGUGGCUGCAUCAGCUGUGGAAAAACUCGGUAGUCGCUGGAGGACCAAGGGUUUUCAUUCCAGGUGUGGAACUGGCCAAUAUUAUUCCCUGGAUGGAAAAUCCUGGAACACUGCCGCCACCUACGACAUUGGCAAGCGUCACUUCAGUAAAUAAUAUUGAGAGUAACCUAAAUCAACCGCCUACCCGUCGUCCUCGACCAACUCGACGUCCCAACACCCGACGCCCGUCACUUCCAACAGCUCAUCCAGUCACUGCCCGUGCAACAACACCUCGACCCAUAACUUUUGACCAAUACGAUACGUGCGGAGGAACAAUCCAUGUCCCUUUGAUAUUCGAUCGACUCUCAUUCCACGAAUCGUCGCAUUUCUUCACUGGGCGGAAUUAUCCACUCGUCUGCAUCUGGAAUGUCAAAGUGAGUCCACUAUGCCGUCGUACUCGAGUCACAAUGAGAGUGGAUGUCCGGAGUCGAUUGGCCGAUGUGGAUGGCUGUACAAAGGGAUACUACACCGUGUCACCUAUAAUGAAGGAAGCAAAACUUUGCGGCCGGAUCGGAACAGUUCCGCCCUUCCAGUGGUACGUGGACGACCAAAAGUUGGAAGAUGUUUCCAUCGUCAUGGAAAACAUUGGAUUGAAUGACGGCCGUUCCGAGGGUCUGUCUUUCAGCCUUCAAAGCGAAUGUAUUCAAAUCAGGCCGGAUAUCAAGAAGAUUGACGUCGAUAUUGAAAAUUAUUGGUCCACUACUCGAUGGGUAAAUCGAUUGAGGGAAGAAUCUGUUAAAGGAGAUGGGCCGAGAUUAAUCACACCUGGGAUCUUUGGUUCCACGACCAUAAGCUCGAUCCUGCCAAACACUCAAAACAUCAAUAAAACGACGUCUAACCAUUUAGAAGAUCAAUCAGACAUUCCCUGGGUCAUGCUGAAGCCGCUGUCCGACACGAAGGUAUCUUCUUCGUCAAGUUACGUAGUUCCAAAUGUCGUUAGCAAUAAGAUUGUAGCUCCAGCAGCGAUUCAUUCGUCAACAAGUCCUGUGAAUAAUCUUCCAAAGAUUCCCAACGUCACCCCGCACGUUACUUCCCCUAUUCCAUGGGUCAUUCUAAAAUCUCCCGCUAGUGAAAAUCAUUCCCAAUUAAAGGCAUCAACGACCCCAUCUACUUCAGCUAAGCCGUUGACUACGGUCCGUCCACCCACCACCCAUCGCUCUUCGACUAGUCCAUCGACAAACAAGCCAACAUCGACGACUCGACGCCCGUCUAACAAAACUGGUUCAGUUCAGUCAACAACAGCGACUCGUUUGUCAUCGACCACCGUUCGUCCCAGCACUGCAGCCAAGAAACCAGCAACUAAAUCUGCUGUUCCUUCGUCCACUCGUGUUUCUACAGUCCGCCCUACUUCCCCCACCGUUCGUCAAGAAACUAAACGACAAUCAACUACGACCCGAAAAUCAGGCACUAAGGUGCCACCCACGACCAAAAGUCCAGUUCUUAAUGUACCCAACAGUAAUUCAAAGGCGGCCACAAACGGGGUACGGCCAAUUGUGAUUAACGAUGACGUGAUUAUCGACGAAGCCAUUUCUGACAUCACGUCGCAAUUGGAAGAAAUCAAAAGGGAAGCGGAAAUAAACCAGAAGAAAUAACAGAAACAGCAAUGAAAUAUAAUACAUGUCUGAUAAGCAUAUGGCUUAUUGACAGCAGUAAUUACUCAGUUAUAAAUUAUCAGGCCUAAAUAAAUAUUAUGCUACUAUCUA